ACCAAGACACUGGCAUUAUUCUCCUAUAACACAGCACAACUGAUUUGUGCUGGGUGGAUACCUUCAUUCCAGAGCAAAUGGGCCCUCUUUUGGUUCUGAUAGCAACAGCUAUCUGUCAAGGCUCAGCUUCUCCCACCAUCUACCCUAAUCUUGACAUUCUGAGAGUGAAGCUAGGAGACUCAGUCAAAUUACUUUGCUCAGGGAAUUUCCCUGUUGAGUGGAUCGGUAUCCAGAAUGGGUCCACCGUGAUCAUGUAUGACAAUGGCACCCUCUACGUGCCAGAGGCUAGUUGCAACCAGAUGGGAAGCUACCAGUGUGCUUAUAUCAACAAGCCAGAAGAGGGGAUUAGAACUAUAUAUGUGGCUGUGACAGAUCCUGACUCUGUGUGGUGUGGCCUUCAGAAUGUAUAUUAUUCUGUGGAAAGGGGCAGGGAUGCCUUGCUUCCGUGCCUGAUUGCCAACCCAAGAUUCACAGGCAACAUGACCCUCCUUAAAGACUCUUCUCCAGUUGACUCAGAAGUCUCAUUCAGACCUAAGGAAGGAAUAUGGAUUCACAAAGUAGACCUGAGUGAUAAAGGGUCCUAUGAGUGUAAAGCCCAGGUUCAAGGACAGUGGGUGAUUUCACCCAGACUUAUCCUUUCUAUUUAUGACAACCUUCAGCCUUUAACAGUUACUGUUGAAGGAAUAAAGGACCAAGUGCGGUUACAAGGAGAACCUUUCAACAUUUCCUGCAGAGUACAAUAUCACUCUUCUGAAUAUCAUGGCAAAUGGAUCUGUCCCCCUACUGCAAACGUAAGCCAUUUCUAA